CACAGGGGGAAGGGUUUGACGGAAUUGCAAAUUGGAUUUGCCGAUUUGGGGUCUCUACCGUCGAGCAACCCAACCCAGCCCUAAAUCCCUAAUUUCAAAAUUCAAUCGAUCACCUCCCUCACUCUCGUCCCUCCCCCAACAGCCAACCAUCUCCUCUGAUCGCCGCCCCCAGCCCCGGCCGCCACCUCCAACAUCCCACCCUCUACUCCAGCAGCCUCCUCUUCUCUUCACUACCACUCCACCAGCGUCCAGCAGCCGCAGUUGUUGCCGAAGCUGCAGCAGUCGCCACCUACAGUAGUCGCUGACGGAGAGCUACGCCGCCCCCAUCAUCUCCGUCGUCCUCUCCUCUUCACCACCAGCAACAGUCCUCAACGAUCGACUUCCUCCUGCAAUUUUGGGCGCGCACUUGGCUGCUAGCAAUCAAGAUUUUGUCAAGUGCGUUCAUGAUCACUACUCCAAAACCGCUGCUCCAUCAAUUUCUCACCUCACCUACACUCUCGGCGACGCCUCUUACACAUCCAUUCUCCAAUCCACGAUCAUGAAUCCGGUAUCCGGUAAUACCGGUUAGAAUACCGGUAAUCUACUAUCUGGUAUUUGGUAUACCGAAUAACUUUCGAUAUCGGUAUUCGGCGACAGAAUUUCAAUUGUCGGUAUACCGAAUACCGGUAACUCAGUAUCCGGUAUACCGGUAACUUGGUAUCCGGUAUACCGGAUACUGACCGAUUACCACCCCUAACGUCGUGCUUGGUUUGAGAAGUUUCAGAGUACUAUUAUUCAUGAAGGUUUCUCCCAGAGCCAUAAUGAUCCCUCCCUGUUUAUUUGUAAUACAGUGGAUGGGAUCAUUAUCUUACUCAUUUAUGUUGAUGAUAUGGUGGUCACGGGAAGUGAGGCAAAAGGAAUUGCGGAUCAUAAGACAUCGCUUCAUCGGUCUUUUAAUCUUAAGGAGUUGGGUGAUGUGGAGUAGUUUCUUGGUUUGCAGGUUCAACGUUCAGCACAUGGGUCAUUUGUGUCUCAGAAAAAGUACAUAACCGAUUUGCUAGAAAUGGCUCAAUACAGCUUGUGUUCCAUGCUCUACUCCCAUGGAGCAGAAUAUGCGUUUACAACAUGAGAGUGGGGAUUUGCUAGAAGAUCAAUCGGAAAACCGUAGCUUGGUGGAAGCUUGAUCAAUUUGACUCAUACUCGGCCAGAUAUCUCGUAUGCAGUUCAAGUGGUCAAUCAGUAUAUGGGAGUGGCGCGGACAAUGCAUUUAGAUAUUGUGCACAGGUUGCUUCGUUAUUUGAAGUAGAAAAAGGAUGUUGGUUUGUUCUUUCCCACUUCAGGAGAUCCGGUUGUUGAAGCUUUUGCAGAUGCUGAUUAUGCCGGAUGCAAGGAUACAAGACGUUCCACUUCUGGUUGGUGUAUUUGUGUGGACAGUCUUUUAUAUCUUGGCGGUGUCGAAAGCAGGAUAAGGUCUCAAAGUCAUCUACAGAAGUAUAGUAUCGGUCUAUGUCAGAGGUGAGGUCGGAAAUGGAAUGGUUUCAUCGGUUGUUCGGCGAAUUGGGCUUAGUAUGUAAACUUCCUAUGCGACUUUAUGGUGAUAAUACCAGUGUUAUUCAGAUUGCCAUAAAUCCAGUUCUACAUGACAGAACAAAGCAUAUCGUGGUUCAUGUUCAUUACAUUCGCCAGUUGAUUGAUGAGGGGAUCGUUCAGGUUGACUAUUUAUCUACUGAAGAUUAGACUGCUGAUGUUUUGACAAAAGCAUUGACAUUUAGUCGACAUUGGCACCUUUCAUCCAAAUUGAUGUUGCGCACCCAACAUCAAUUUGAGUGAGGGUGUUGAUUUGUGAUUGUUUAAGUACCAUUUUGUAUAUAUGUCUGCUGCCUAUGUAGUUAGGGGUUGUUCUAGCAAGCCGAUAAAUAGUCGAAUUUUGUACUCUGUAAAGACCAAAGUGAAUAAGAGUUUGAUCUUGGAGAGUUGAUCUCUCCCGUUGACUAGUCUUGACACUCAGGGAAACCAAGUUAAAUCCUUGUGUCUUAUAGCUUAGUUUGUUAAAUUGACAGUUUUGGUGCAAGUUGAGAGCAAGGUUUGUCAAACCGUACAAGAGAUUCUUUUUAAAAAGUUAAUGAUAAUAUAAUUUGUAAUAAAAUCGCAAUUUAAUUGUGGUUCAAUCAUUUACGAUCGCUAAACUCCCUCUUAUUUUGGGUUCGUUAUCUGGUAUUUGGGUGGAACUUACCGGUAAAGUAGGAUUUCCUAAACAUUAGUUGAAAGCUAGAAAUUUGUGGGUGCACGUGGAAGGACUUAGAUAUUUUGGGGGGAAAAAAAAAGGAACAUGCACGUGGUAAAUAUGGGAUUAUGUGAUAGCUUAAGGACAUGGACACGUAACUGGAGGAAGAAGCAAAUGAAUCCUCCUCAAGCUAGCAAGUCGGAGAUUGGUUUUCCGUGCAGUAAGUGGAGCAGACGAAGCAGCUGGCGGAUUGAAGAGAGCAUUAAAGUGUGUGGUCAUAGAGGAGGGUAAGUAAAAACACCAACUCGAUCAUAGUACAACCAAUAACAGAGUAUAUUGUUCAGAGCCUGAAAUACAUAAUAAAAAAAAAAAAAAAAAGACCUAGAUGAUCUGCUAUAAAGUUUGUUUUGCAAAAAGCAUGUUCAAUCUUAACUUCCCUAAGUAUAGUCUGACAUACACGUUAUCUCUGCGAUGGUACUGAAAUGAGGGAGGGUAUACUUUGUGUAGGAAUAAGACCCAUAUGUGUGAUUUCUUCUGCGAUCGUCUCUAUUCCACUUUAUUUUAGUUAAUUAUUUUGGCUAUUAUUAUUUUCCUUUAAUAAACGUGGGUUAUUGUUCUUAUGUUCAUGUUGCUUUUCCUUUGGUUUUCAUGAUAAGUACUUAUUUUCCUUUCUUUUCAUUCAUGUGAUUAUGCAUGCAUGGAUUGUCUUAAUUAUAUGUUUUUGCUUUUAGUUUAUGUUAAUUAGUUAUUUAAUAGUCAAGUACUUUGUUUCGAGGAGGUGGACAAUUGGUUCGCCCAGUUGAGUGGGGUUUGAUUUAUAUGAUUUAAUGUGUUCAAUUCAUUUGAGGUGGACAGUUGUUUUGUCAAGUGAUUUUGAGUUAACUAAAUCCUGUCGUCCUUACCCAUCUAGCUACCUGGAUACUUUAUAGUUAGUACUUAAUAUAUUUGCUAUAAUUAUUCCUAUUUCAUAAUGUUUAUUUAUUUUCUAUAGUUUUUAUUUCCAUUAUGAGCUAAUUUCCUGCUUCUAGAGAAUUUAAAGGAUUGAGUUAAAUUAUUACUUAUUGAUUAUAGUUGAUCUAUUUUUCUGUUCUAAUUCUAUGGUGUGUUGCUAUGCUUAAUGCUUUAAAGUGUUUGAUCAUCAAUUUUAAUGAUAUGUUUUCUUUAUUGAGUACAUAGACGGGAACCUAGAGAUUUAACACUAGCACACCAACAUAAUAAUUUAUUGAAGCAGAGAGUGGAAAUAAAUUUAUGAACAUAUCUUUAGACUAUUUCAUAGUUCGUAUUGCCUACCGAGAGCAGUGCGUAUGAAUUUUUAAUAGUACGUGAUAAGUCAUGAAAGGGAGAGUCAUAAUUCAGAUUAUCUUAAUUGGUCGUGGAGUUAUGUGAUUAACUUCAUUAAUAGACACUAUUAUAACACUAUCUUUGAGCCCAAUAAGUUGGGCAUAAAAUGAUUUUUUUUAA